AUGUCGUCGAUCUCUUCAUCGAAUCAUCAGGUGGGUGCUGGUGCCAUUCCCCAGUAUUCGAACAACCCACAAAUAGAACAGCUCUUCGCGAGACUCGGCCAGGAAGUCGACGAGAAGAAUCCGUCGAACCCGAUCUUCUUCGUGGUAGACUUUUUGUGUAAGCACUACCCAGGUCAUUUGUGUGGCUUUGCUAGUGUGUGGAAUGCCAACCCGGAAUUGGAGCGUGACCGCUUAAUGGUGAUCGAGUUUUUCCGAUUCCAGAAGCUACCUACGGAGGUGGCUUCUCAUUUUACAAAUGCUGGUUUUGAUACUUUGGAGACGUUAUGCUCCCUAACGCCGGAAACCCUGGACGAGAUCGAGCGGUUCAAUCAGACGAGGUGGCUGCCCGGUCACAAGGUCCGACUCACCCAGACGUUCAGCGACAUUGCCGGCCGGGUCCGGGCCUUCCGCCAAGAACGUGAAAAACUUAUGCAGGUUGCUAGACUGGCCAACGGCUAUUGCGACCACCCGACCGUCCUCACGAGAACCAACGUACCCUCCGGAAGAGCCCCCGCCAUCACCAUGGGACCCAACCCAGUGCCCCAGGCUACAAUCGCACCUACUCCAGCCAGAGCCCCUGUCAGCAUCCAACCCGGUGCCAUGACCGGCAUGCCCGUCUCUGCUUGCUUUGUAUAA